CUUGCCACUCCUGUGGCUUCGGGUAACACACCUCAGCACGCGAAGGAACCUUGGAUUAACCCCCAGAAAAGAGGACAUCCGAAUGAAGAUCCCUUUACAUCUGAUGUAUUUCUGGAUAUACAUUAUCACUACAAGUUGCUGAAAUUUAUAAUUGUGUUAUAUAGUUUUGACUUUUUCUAUGCUUAUCAUUAUUUUCAAAAACUAAACUCGUAUGAAAUGGCGCUUCCGAAUUGCGCGAUUACGGAAUGCUAGCUGCCUGGAUGGGUCCUGCUGGGAAUCAAGUACAAAGCGCAUAAAAUCGUGAGAAUUCAGCAAUAUGUCAAAGUCUUCGGAUCAGUUUGAUGACCCAGACUGUGUUUGUUCCUUCGGUAUGAAGUUAACAUGGGAUAUCAACGACCCAAAGCUGCCUCAGGACACAAAACAGUAUGACUCAUUCCAGGAGUGGACGGAUGGAUAUGUUCGUUACAUCUACAACGGCGAGGACAAGAACGCACAGCGGCACCUCAGCGGAUGGGCCAUGCGGAACACCAACAACCAUAACUGUCAGAUUCUCAAAAAGUCCUGUCUGGGAGUUGUAGUGUGUGGCCGAAACUGCACGCUGUCUGAUGGAAGCAAACUCCAGCUCCGACCGGCUAUCUGCGACAAAGCACGACAAAAACAGCAAAGUGGUUGUUCUCCAGAGAAGCUGUGCCCCAGUUGUAACUCUGCCCUGGAGUUGAUGCCCUGCCGAGGACACAGCGGUUACCCCGUCACCAACUUCUGGAGAAUAGAUGGGAAAGCUAUAUUCUUCCAGGCUAAGGGGGUACAUGAUCACCCCAGACCAGAGAGUAAAUCGGAAACAGAGGCACGGAGGAGUGCAGUGAAACGAAGGAUGUCCUCGCCACACUUUUCCCAGAAGAGGAGGCUUGUGGAGCCAGAUGCUGGGAGAUACCAUGAUUUGGCUGCUCCUUUCCCCAACCUGCAUCAACUGUCCUGCAUGGAGGGCCCUGACCGCUUCAGCAUCAUCGCUGAGUCCAACUUUCCCAUACAGACCCAGCACUACCCAACCUUCCAGAACCCUGAGCCCUACAAGUUUGCCUACGACACACACAGUGCCUUGGGCGAGUCCCCGUCCACGCUCCAGAAGCCGGCCAACCAUCGCCUGUACAUGCCCCGUCCUCCAUGUGGCUACGACUUUGCUGUGCCUGGCUAUUUAGGCUCCGGCUCCUACACAACCCUCUAUAAGGACCCCAGUAGCCCCCAGACGGAGUCCCCUGAUCCUGGGAAGGGGGCCUCGGGCCUGGGUACCAGCACCGCCACACCCCACACCACUGGGACCCUCUCAGGGCAUGACCGCACCAGCUACGAUACGCCCAGCAAGCACCACGGCUGGAAGCAAAUCCUGGGGAAAGGAGCAUACGGGGAGCGGGGUGAAUAUGGACAGCUGCCUGGCAAUGCCAACCACCACUAUUACAACAGUGAGUACCCGUGUAGAUAUCCGGGCCAGGCGCCGGCCACGCCCGCCGCCCUUCAGACCAUCAUCACCACGACCACCAAGGUGUCCUACCAGCCCUGCCCCAAGCCCUCAGUGGUGAAGUACGGCGACAACAUCUACGACGUCAAGGGCCUGCCCAACUGCAGUUCCCUGCUGGAGGACAGCUCGCCAAACUCGUACUCGGAUCUCAAGAUUCCGGAAGAUUCCGGGGUCAUCAAGUCGGCACUUUCGUACCAGCCGGAAACCCUGCCGGCCAAAAUCGAGAGGGCCGAGAACUUUGACACUUACCGAUAUGGCAACUAUGCGUCAAAUAGCUACCCCGAGAGGGUUUCCCAUCCGUUCCGAUAUGACGGAGGAGAGUACUGAUGGACAAGGAAGCCACUGAAACAAAGACUUUGAUGUCAUAGCUGUGCACUGUAUUCAAAUGAUCAGAAAGAACACUUGAAACAGACUUUUUGUGCCACUUUUUAUCAGGUUUGUAAAUAUCUAUUGUUAUUUAUACAUUGGAGGUGUUGGAGUGCAUUUGAACUGCCAGUGAUGACUCUAUGUUGAAUCCAUACUCAUUUAGGAUGCUCCCAACAUUUCCCAAUUUGCAUUUGAUGCGUAAGGAAAAUACGCAAAUUAGUUAUUUUGCCUUUGGAUUAAUAAAAAAAUAUUCUUGUGUUUUUAGAAUAUUAAUAUGUAUUCUUGAGGUAUUUUGUCUGUGUUACAUGAUAUUCCUGAAGUAAAUGUUCUUUAUAAAGCCAGCAAAAUAUCAGGAAAAUCCUCUUGGUAUCAGUGCAACUGUAAAUGCAGUUUCAGAACAUUAUUAUGUGACAUUAAAAAUCACUGAGCUCCCACCCUA